AUGGACACAGGCGAGACAACAAGUUUUUGCCCCUUUGGGCUUCUUCUCGUCGCUCUCGACAACUCAUCAUGCCUGCCUGACCUGAUCACUGCUCCGAAAACUCAACAAAGUGAGUACCAUGCAAUCGCAGAAAACGACGUGUCGCUUUGUACUAAUGAAGCCAGGACAGGGUGGCGAAAGGGAAGCCGCCCGGUUAACAUUCCGGCACCUGGAUAUGUAUGGGUUUUGCACGGCAACGCAACUGAACGCGGAGACGACAUACGGCGGGGGCUCGACCGGCCGGCCGACCAACACCACAAGUCUGUUAUAUCCAGUACAACAGCCGAUGCUACCUCGAAAGUACCCGAGUUCCUCAAUUUAGGGGACUCAAUGGGAGAUACCUGGACAGAACGUUCGAAACCACCCGAAUUCCUCAAUUUACAGCAGCCCAAUGAGAGAUACCAUGGAUUUCCAGGGCACAGAACGUUCGAAACUACCCACGGUCCUCCCGAAUUCCUCAAUUUACAGCAAGGGUCGGCGUGGUGGUCCUGA